AAGAUGAAGUAUUCCAUUCUUGAAUCCUGGUUAUUCCUGACUCCAUAUGGCGGAGUCGGAGCUAUCUUUCUUAGCGACGUUCCCCUGCUAGAAACACAGCAGGAAUACGGCCCGUAAAACGAGGGCGCUUAAUUGUUUCCUUCCCUUGUUUGUCUGCCUGUGUAUCCAUGAGAACUGACAUCCGUUCGAACACCGGCGAUCUCAGUCCCCACUAUUCUUCAAAACGUUUCGCUUUUGGAUCUCGAGUCUAAAUUGAAUCUCUAGUGUUUGGUGGAUAGAUCCCAACACUUUUGAUUGUAGAAGUUAUGUAGUAGCCAAUGUGGACAGAAGAGCAAGACUGAUGAGCGAGACAAUGGCAGCUGAGGGAGGUGAUUUGGCUGGAGCGUUGGAAACUCAUGCAGAAGAUGCUCUAAGAUCUGAGAAACACUCAUCUGACAUGAGCUACACGAGCAAUGGGAAUCUUGCCAUGGAAAAUGGGUUGCCUGAUGUCAACCCGUGUUCAAAUGAUACUUAUGAUCAGAUGGUUCAAAUGGUUACUGACCUAAGAUUUCAGAAUGAAUUUUUGAAGUCCCAGUUUGAGGGUUUGAGGCAUUUUCAAUCGGAUUCAAAUGUGUCUAACCAACAGACAAAGGCAAGUGAGAUUGGUGAUGGGGAAUAUGAAGAUGUGAAAGAACUUCGUGAAAAGAUAGAAUCUUUGAAGGGAGAACUUUUGGAGGAAAAACAGACAAGGGUUGCAGCGGAGGUGGCUUUGAAGCAUCUUACAGAGGCAUACUCGGAGGCAGAUGCAAAAGCCCAAGAUCUCUCUUCAAAGCUCGCUGAAGCUCAACAGAAGUUGGAUCAAGAAAUAAAAGAGCGUGAAGAGAAGUACUCUGAACUUGACUCGAAAUUUAGCAGGCUUCACAAACGAGCUAAACAACGCAUACAAGAUAUUCAAAAGGAAAAGGAUGAUCUUGAGGCUCGUUUUCGUGAAGUGAGUGAUGCGGCUGAGCAAGCAUCAUCCCAACAGACAUCAUUGCAGCAAGAGCUUGAGCGUACACGGCAGCAAGCUAAUGAUGCAUUAAAAGCAAUGGAUGCAGAGAGGCAACAAUUAAGGAGUACAAACAAUAAACUGCGAGACACCAUUGAGGAAUUGCGGCGUUCAUUGCAACCAAAAGAGAGUGCUCUCGAGGCUUUGCAACAGUCACUAUUGGAGAAGGAACAGAUGUUGGAAGACAUGCGAGGACUAUUACAAGCUGCGGAUGAAAAGAGGCAAGCUUCGAUAGCCGAGCUCUCUGCUAAACAUCAGAAGAAUCUGGAGAGUUUGGAAGCCCAACUUGCUGAUGCAUUCUCGGAGAGAAGCAAAGCAACUGAAACUAUUUCUGCGUUACAGGUGCUAGUUGCGGAAAAAGAGUCCAAGAUUGCAGAGAUGGAUGCAGCCUCAACUGGUGAAGCAGCUCGGCUUAGAGCUUCUAUGGAAACUGUAAAGGGAGAGAUUGCUCACCUAAAACAUGAGCACGAGAAAGAAAAGGAGGGCUGGGAAGCUGCCUCGCAGACACUUAGAACGAAACUGGAAAUUGCCGAGAGUAAUUGUAUACGUGCUGAAAUUGAAGCAGCUAAAAUGAGAAGUCAUCUGGAAUCUGAGGUGUCUGCUCAAGCCCGGUUGCUAAGUAUUAGAGAUGCAGAAUUAGUGGCCGCGAAGGAGGAGAUCAGCCGCCUUGAAAAUGAAUUUUCUUCCUACAAGGUUCGUGCUCAUGCACUUCUCCAAAAGAAGGAUGCAGAGCUAGCUGCAUCUAAAGAAUCUGAACAACUUAAAGUUCUUGAAGAAGCGCUAAAUGAAGCUGAAAAAGAAGUAUCAUCUGUCUCUACAGAAAGGGAUAGAGCCCUACAAGAUCUUCAGAAUGCUUUGGCUAAUCAUGAUAAAGAACUCAAAGAAAGAGAUAUGAUCCUUGAAAAUGCCAAGCAGCAGAUUAAGAAUUUGGAAAUAAAGCUUAUUUCUGCUACUGCUAGCCACCAAUCAGAUAAGGAAGCAUGGGAAAUGAACCUUCAAAAUUUAGAAGAAACAUGGCGAUUGAGAUGUGAGGCUGUGAAGGCUCAAAACGAAGCAUCUUCUGGGGAGGACCUGCAAAGAGAAUUAGAGGAGCUCAAACUACGUUAUAAAGUAUUAAAGGAAGAGCAUGACUCAUUUCGCGAUCUUGCUGAUAGAAUGAUCGAGGAGAAGGACAAAGAGAUGGCUAAACUUUUAGAUGAUAAUAAGAAUCUUCAUCAAUCUCUGGAAUCUAGACCACCUGUUGAUCACUAUGAUAACUACAGGACAGCCAUGCAAAAGCAAGAUGCACAGAAUGCAAGCACUUCUGCAGCAGAACAGCAGAUUCUGCUUUUGGCAAGGCAGCAAGCUCAGAGAGAGGAAGAGCUAGCACAGUCACAACGGCACAUUUUAGCACUUCAAGAGGAAAUUGAGGAGCUUGAACGUGAAAAUCGUCUUCAUAGCCAACAGGAAGCCAUACUGAAGGCUGAACUUCGCAACAUGGAAAGAAUGCAGAAGAGGGAAGGAGUAGAUAUGACGUAUUUGAAAAAUGUUAUCUUAAAGCUUCUUGAAACGGGUGAAGUGGAGGCUCUACUACCAGUGAUUGGGAUGCUUCUUCAAUUUAGUCCUGAGGAGAUUCAGAAGUGUCAACAAGCAUACCGCAACUCUACAGAUGUUCCACCAAACCCAGCCACUGAUGCUUCAGGAUCUGCCGGCUCUCUUUUCUCAAGAUUCUCAUUUUCUUAACGGCGGGAGAAAACCAGAGGAUUCUUUCCUUGCACAGGAUUAUCUGCAUCUGCAACUCAGUUGCAAUCAUGUUGGCUGUCAUGCGCAGAUUCUAAAGAGCAGGUGUGGUCUCGAUAAUCUUGUAUUUAUCUUGUAACAAUAUACUGUUGCAUGAGAAAGGUUGAGAUAUUGUAAAGAACAAUUAAAGUUGAGAAUGAUAUACAUCAAAUUUCAAGAGAGGGAGUAGAACAUUGUGGCA